AUGGCCUUGGAAGUGGGAGACCUGGGCCACCAGACCCUCAUUGCAGAGCUGCGGGAGGAGUUCCGUGUUGAGCACGAGAGGCUUCAGAAAUCCCUGGAGACCGAGCGGGCCGAGCGCGUGCAGAGCAUUGCCGGCAUCCGUCAAUCCGUGGAUACGCUGGGUGCCUCUCUCGUCGAGGGCCUUACCAUCCUGGGUGCUGAAGUCGAGAGCCUGAUCUCGUUGGUGAUGCACCUGAAGAAGAAGCAGGUGAUUGCUUGGAUGUUCUUCUUUGAUGCAGCAGGCUCCAACCUCUUUCACCGAGAAGUUGGCUUCCAUUAUCCCGUUGUCCUUGGCGCUGUGGCAGGAGGUGCCAGCUCGCUGAAGCGCCGGUUGCAGCAGACGACUACCUUCGCUUCAGGAUCGCCCGGUUACAGUGGAUAUAGCGGCACCGUGACCGGCUCGCCCGGCUACGGUGGAUAUGGCGGAGACUGGGUCUACUGCGAAGAGCUGUACUGCUACACCAACGUCUACAACGAUGCAGGUCAGGUCGACUGGGACGCGACGAACAUGAUUGAACCCACGUGCUCCGCCUAUGACGAAGGCUGCAAGUGUAACGAGCAGUGGGAGGAGGAGUGUGACAGCUGGGGCUACAAGUACUGUGAGCAGAAGAGCAUUGGCUGCUACGACCCUCACGACGUGUCUUGCAUGGAUUACGAGGUGAAGUGCAAGGACUCCUUCUCCAGCUAUUGCUGGGAUCCCUCCUAUGGAGCCUGUCCACUGUACUGCGACAGCACUCAGCUGUACUGCUUCUCAUACGGCUACGAUGACAAGGGCCUGCUGAACUACUCGGACUACCGUGAGUACUGCGCGGCCACGGAGACAGGUUGCACCUGCAACGCGCAGUGGGAGCACAAGUGCACGGAUCAGUGGGGCUACAGCUGGUGCCAGGAGAAGACUCAGCCUUGCCCGAUCACCUGCGGCACAGAUGAGCAGGACUGCUGGACGACACCGUACGGUAAGGACGGCUAUCCGGAUUGGAACGCAAGCUACGAACAGACUUGCCACCCAAUCGACCAGUCCUGCCCCUGCGACCCCCUACAUGAAGAGACAUGCAGUGACAACUGGGGUACCUGGUGUCAGCCGAAGGUUUAUGGCUCUUGCCCGAUAGCUUGCGGCACUGACGAAAUGACAUGCUGGGUUACGCCUUAUGAUGACAGUGGAAAUGCUCUUCACGACGGGGUCUGGAACGAGGUUUGUGCACCAGUCGCGGAUGGUUGCCCAUGUAAUCAGCAGUGGGAGAAGCAGUGCACGAGCUACGGCUACACGUUCUGCGAGAACAAGACGAACAGCUGCCCAGUAGAUUGUGGCGAGGUGGAGACGUGCUACCACUACAUGUCAGGUAACCAGACUUGUGCAACAGAUUCUGGCUGUGUUUGUGAAGCAAACGAGAUCAGCUGUGCCAAUCCGGACACUGGCAAGGUGGAGUGCGAUCCCACCGACUGGUAUCCUUCGGGUUGUCCUGUCUCCUGCAAGAUGUCUGAGAUGUACUGCUCCAAUGUCUCGUUCGAUGCUACAGGAAUGAUGCUUUGGCAGGACUACUGCCUGGAUGGCGACAGCAACAGCUGGAUGUGCCCCAUCCAUUGCGACGCAACCACCUCGAAGAAGUGCGGCACCCCGGGCUCCUUCGACGAGCACUGCGUUGCCAUCUCAGAGGACUGCCCUUUGAGCUGCUCAGCAGAUCAGCAGUACUGCUGGGUGGACCAGUAUGACCCCUUCUACGGUGGCUACAAGUACUGCACCGCUUCUUUCUGGGGGUGCCCGAUCUACUGCGAUCCCAUCGCGGAGAAGACCUGCUACCCGAUAUCAUUCACGGAAGAUGGGCUGCAAGAUUGGAAUGCCCCGGUUAAAGAGAGCUGCCAGAACAUCACUCAGCCAUGCGGGUGCGGCGAGAAUGCCAAGAUGUGCCGCUGGACUGAUGAGUGGGGAUACGAAAACGAGGUAUGCUACCCAACCAGCAUUGCAUGCCCCGUCACCUGCCAAGAAGAUGAGCAGCGCUGCUACAUCACAGACUACGGAAGCAAUGGCUAUCCCGGCGUCUACCGGGAGACUUGCAUCAAAGCAGACCAGGUGUGCCCUUGUGGAACCCACUCGCAGCAGUGCCAUGACCCACACUGGGACUAUCACUACUGCUACCCGCUGGUGGACUACUGGAGCAAUAGCUCCAUGCGCUGCCCGGUCUACUGCACCGACGAGGAGGACUACUGCUACAGCCCUAGCUACGAUGCGAAUGGAGGGUGGUUGAGCACCGUGGAAACAUGCGUCCCAAAAGGCACCAAGUGCCAGUGCACUGGCCAGAACUCCUUCUCAUGCGACUUCAAUGAGUGGGGCUACACCUGGACGGAGUGCCUCCCCAUCGAGGGAGGCUACUGUCCGCCUACAUGCGCCGAUGGUGAGGUGAGCUGCCCGGGGGUGCACGACUACAAGCCCGACGGAAGCUGGUUGGGUUGGUCCAGCCCCACCACGAAGUGCGCCGCCAGCCUUGACAGCUGCCCCUGUGGAACAGAGGCAAAAGCAUGCCCGGGCUCUGCCAUGCGCUGCAUCUUCAAGGACGAGGAGUGUCCGGUGGUCUGUGGGGACAAGCAGAAGAAGUGCUGGAUUGUGUACUUCACACAGUCGGAGGAGUGCAUCAGCGACCGUGAAAUCUGCGUUGGGGAGGCCAGCCUCGUUUGCCCUUGCGAGGAGGCGGAGAAGCAGUGCAAUGUCGUGGACUACACUUCCUCGGGGAAGCAGUCAAACACGAGCGUUCAGUGCAUCAAUAAGGGUGCAAAGUGUCCGUGCGGCGCGAACUCCUUGGUGUGCCCGGACCCGAACAAUGCGGAGGACAACAUCUGUCGCCCCAAGUAUAGCGGAACACUUCUGAACAGCUGCCCCAAAGCAUGCACACCGGAGCAGGAGGCUGCUGGCAACAGGACCUGCAUCCAGACGCACCUGACCGAGACUGGAGCAUUCAGGAUUCAGGACCUCUAUGGUGCAGGCGGCAGCAACGCCUCUGCCGUGGAAAGCGGUGAGAAGCAGAAAUCCAAGGUGAUCGUGGUGCUGGAUGCUGUCAAGGAGAAAGUCAUGGAGAAGCUCGAGGAUACGCGGGUGCUGCUCAAUGGCGAACUCUACCUCCCCAAAGGUUUGAAGACCACCAUCACCUACAAGAGCCAGAGUACGGCGGUUCAAGGCCGACGCUUGACGACCCGCCGUGCCUCCACCACGGGCGCCGUGCUGACGCUUGAGAUCGAGAACGAGGGGCCGACAUCAGUGGCACCGGUCGACGUGGCCCAGGAGCUGCAGAAGCAGGUCAAGAGCAGCAGCACUGGUGCCAUGAAGGCUUUGGGCGAUCUCGGCACCGUGAACACCAAGGUGGGUGUCCGUGUUGCUUCGGAGAAGGCGACAAUCACGACGCGCGCAGAUGUCGCGAACCAGCAGAGAAAGGCAGCGCUGGGAAUCUCUGAUCCCACCACCACCAGCAGGCAGGCCAGCCAGGGGCAGGUCACGACGCUAGCAGGAAACACUGGCGACACCGAGACAACCAGUAUGGAUGAUGAGCUCAGUCUUGCCGUGUCGGGUCGGUUCUACCUGCUCGCGGUUCUGUUGCUGGCUUUCAGCCCCGCCAUGCACUAG